AUAUGUGUCAUAGAACUGAUCGUCCAAAUAUACAUCCAUUUUGUUCGUUCAUGUACAGCCGAAGUAUGUAUAUGAACGAGGAGCUAGUCAUUCGAAUACGAUCAGUGUAACCGUAACCUAAUAUCAGCUAAUACAUAAAUACUUGAUUGUUUUAAUUUAGUGUUUGUAAAAAUCACACGAUGUUUCAUAAGAAAUGGUAGUGUUAUUUAUUAAGUACUAUCUUAAUAAUUAAUGUGAAAGUGCGUAAGAAUGGCAUCUUCUGAAAUUGAUGAUCUAUUGUGUGGACCUUUAGUAACAUGGUUCACCAGUUGCUUAGAGGAUCCUAACUCAUUAAGCAAUUAUAAUGAUUUGGUGGAUGGUGUAUUAUUACAUAAUGUAUAUUUGCAAAUAGAUCCGGAACCACUGUAUGAUGAAGUAAUACCUUCAAAGGGAAAUACAAUAACUCGCAUAAAAAACUUACAAGUCGUAGUAGAUAAUAUGAAACAAUUUUAUGAAGGAGAAUUAAGUCAUUUAAUUCUGAAGUUACCAGAUAUAAUAAGUUUAGGCAAGGAGCCGCAGUCAUGUAUCCCUGAAAUGAAAUUGUUAUUAUUAUUACUCCUUGGUUGUGCUGUACAGUGUCCUAACAAAGAAAAAUUUAUAACUAAUAUAAAAAAAUUAAAUGUUGAUACUCAACUUGCAAUAGUAGAAUGUAUUAAACAAGUCACAGAUAAUCAAAACAUAGUUAUUAAUCAAGAUUCAUUGGAGAAUAUAAAUAUGGGAUAUUUAUUUGCACAAAUGAAAAUGAUGAGUCAAGAACUAGAUUUAUAUCGUCAGAAAUGGAGGGAUAUUGUUAUAAGUGAAGGUAUUCGAAGAAAUGAUUCAUCAAACAACGUAGAAGCUGAAGAAAUAAACAAAGUGCAACAAUCUAACCCUGUUGCUAAAUCAGAACGUGAAGAUAAUCAUCACUAUGCAGUUGAAUUGGCCGACUGGAAAUCGAGAGUUAGAAAACAACGACAAGAAUUAGAAGAAAAAACUGAAGCAUUGUUGGAAUGUAAAGAAGAACUCGAGUACCAUAAGAUGUUAGUAACCAAAUUAAAACAAGAGAACCAAGAAUUAAUGCAUGAAGCACGCACAGCAAAGUCUUAUAGAGACGAAUUAGAUGCGGUAAUUGAAAGAGCAGAUCGUGCCGAUCGAUUGGAAUUAGAAGUAGUAAGAUAUAGAGAGAAACUUACAGAUAUAGAAUUUUAUAAAACACGCAUAGAGGAGCUACGUGAAGAUAAUAGAGUUUUAAUGGAGACUAGGGAAAUGCUAGAGGAUCAGUUAAAUUCAUCGAGAAGGAGAGCAGAUAAAGUACUGGAACUUGAGUCUGAAAUUCUUAAAUAUAAACAAUUACUGAAUGACAUGGCCUUGGAACGUGCGGCUGAUAAAGAAAAAUAUCAAGAGUUAGUUGAAGAAAACACUCAAUUACAUAAAUUAACGAAAGCUGCCGCAAAUGAAGCUGCCUUAGAUAGUUCUAUAAGUGAUUCUGAAGAACCAGCACAUGCUGAUAAUAGGUUGUCUGAACAAUUGACAAAUAAUGCACAAACACGGGCUUUAAAACUUGAAUUAGAAAAUCGUCGAUUGAUUACUUUAAUAGACUCCCUAAAAGAAAGUUCUUUUCAUGAAAAUUCAUCUCGUGUGUUGGAAUUAGAAAAAGAAAAGAAGAAGCUGCAAUUGAAGAUCGAAUCGUUAAAUGAUAAUAUUGAAAGAUUAACACAACAAAAUUCGGAUUUAGAAUUGGUUUGGAAGCAAGCACUCGAAGAAAACAAAAAAUUACAGAACUCAUUACAAAAUCAAAAGACGUCAUCCGAGAAACAACAACAGGAGUUCCAAACUCAACAUACAAAAAUGAUAGAAUUGGAAAAAAAUUGCGAUACAGCAGUGAAAGAAAAACAACGAGUUCAGUCUUUAUUGGAAAGCGUACAAAGACGAGCAGAUGAUUUAGAACGUAGUUUAGAGCUUGCCAAUCAAAAAGUUGAAGAAUUAAAAAUUAUAGAAAAUAACGUAAAAGAAAUUAAUUCCAAGUGUCUUGACCUUGAAUCAAAACUUGUCACAGUAGAACGAGAGAAGGAUAUAGCACAGCGCGAUGUGCAUCGAUAUCGAGAAACAAUAGAAGAAAAAGAUGUUGCAUUAGAUAAAGCAACAAAUAGUAUUGAAGUUCUAGAAAGGAAAGUAAUGCAACUUGAACAGGAACUUCAUGAUUCUGUUACACAAAUUUCAAGAUUACAAGAAAUUGAAAGAUCAAGUAAGGAGCUUGAUUCACGAGCAGCUAUUGAUAGGGAAACGUUAGAAAUUCUGCAAUCGAAUUUAGUAGCUGAAAAAUUGAAUACUCAACAAUUAUAUACAGUUUUAGAAAAACUUGGACUCAGUGAUAACAUGUUGUUGUCAUUGCCAUUGGAUAAUAUUGUUAAAAAAAUCGCGCAAAUUCCGGAAGUCGUCGAUUAUAUAAAAAAAUCAAAUAAUUCCUGUUGUUGUGAAAAGUCAGUACCUGAAACUACAAAUUCCGAGAAUAAUGCAACUAAUAAUAUUCAUAAUACACUAGAAGCAACAGUAGAAGCACUCAAGAAAGAACAGGAACAUUUAAAUAUGAAAUUGGCUGCUGCACAAGUAGCAUCAGAAAAUCUCCUAUCUGAAAAUGCAAAACUUCAAGUACAGAUAACAACAUUACAGUCUCAAAAUAAUUCUUUAGCAGCACAACAUACAGCCUUGCAACUUGCAAAUUCACAACUUGUUGCUGAAAAAGAAGAAUUGUUGAAAGAACGCAGUUCUCAUCAACAAAUACACACCCAACUGGUUCAUGAUCAAAUCACUUUACAAUCUUUGCAUGAACAAUUAAAUAACGAAUAUGAAAAUCUUUUUCACGAACAUGAUGCUCUCAAGUCAAAUUUACGAGACGUAAAAAAUGAAGUUAGAAUGUUACGCGAAUCUUAUGAAGGAUUAAAAGGAAAAAAUAAAACAUUACAAACUGAAAAGGAAUCAUUGGUGAAUGAUGCAAAGAGUUUGAAUAAUUUGAGAGGAGAACAUUCAAAGCUGAAGGAUGAUUUUAGAAAUCUGUAUACUGCUACAGAAAAAUUGAAAAUGGAGUAUAGAAAUUUACAAGAGGAUUAUAGGAAAAACAAAAUUGAAACGAAUCGACUAAGCCUUAAGUUAACAGAAAUGCAAGGCGAGCUUAGCAGUAGGGAUGAAAGAUGUUCUAAUUUAGAACUUCAAAUUAAUAAAUUAAAUCAACGAUGUGAGGUGUUAUUGCAUAUGAAUUCCGGCUUAGAUAAUGAUAGACGAUCGUUGAUGGAUCAUAUUACUAUGUUGUUUAGCCAAUAUCAUGAACUUUUGACUCAUUCUCUUGAAGAUAAAGAACAUUAUCACAUGGAAGAAAAAAUAUAUACAGACAAAGUGAAUCAUUUAUAUAGACAAAAAGAAAAAUUGGAAGACAAAAUAAUGGAACAUUAUAGAAAGUUAGAUAGUUGUACUCCAAAAAAAAAAGGAUUUGGAGCUAAUUUCGUUCGAAGAGUUCGAAAGGUUGGAUCUGAGUUUCUCAAUAAGAAUCGACGAUCUUGGACGGAAGAUUUCAAAAACUCAGAAGGAAAACCUUAUGAAUCAGAAUCUGGUGGAAAUGACUCUGACGCUAGUACAGAAGAUCACCGUUUAGCAGGAUCAACUAGAGCUCUUGGGUCAGAUACAUUGUCUCUUGGUCAUCCAGGGACUAGAAGAACAGUGUAUUACACUGAUGAUUCUCCACCACCAUCAACUACCGUACCAGAACAGGGAGAUGAUAGACGGUCUAUAUUAUUGGAACAAACUUCGCGAUCGGAGGUGCAAGUAGAACCACGACCGGUUCUGAUAUACAAUAAAGUAUCAGCAGUUAUAAACGAAUCAAACAAUCUUAACGAUAGUGGAAUGAAGGAUGUAGGGCAAGAAGAAACAAUUAUAGAAACUCCUGUAGAUAAAGAUUCAAAAGUGGGUAAUCAAGUGUGGUACGAAUAUGGUUGUGUAUGAUCUUACGCUGCUUCCAUCUAUUUGUGUACUUGCCACGAAAAAAAAUCGUAUUUUGUACUUUAUCGAUUUUUUUACUUUUUAAUUUAAUGAAUAUUUUGCAUAAAUCCGUAUAAAAUGUCGAAUAAAGACUUGCAUAUAGUACUAA